GUCCUUUCCAAACUGAAACUGAGCGGCUAUUUCAAUUACUGAGUUACUAGAUGAACCUCAGUGGACUUUUCAAGUGGCUUCCCUUUUAAUGGCUGUUAAUUCCGUUAUCCCAUCAGAACUACGUCAACUAAGAGCAUGCUUAUUAUGUGGUCUAGUGAAAACUCUUAACCAAUUUCAGCUAAACGGAUGCGAAAACUGUGAGGACUUUCUAAAGAUGCAAGGAGACCGAGAAAAGGUAUACGAAUGUUCUUCUGCUAACUUUGAUGGCUUACUUGCUAUGAUGUCACCAAACGACAGUUGGGUUGCAAGAUGGCAGAUGAUUGAUAAACUUACGCCGGGUGUUUAUGCAAUCAGUGUCUACGGAUCUCUUCCUAGUGACAUAGUGCACUAUUUACGAAGCAAGGGGAUUUCUUAUCGAUCACUAGACAAAAGUGGUAAAUAGUACCUCCCUCUGCUACGUGCAUUUAGCAACUUGAACAUUAAAUUUCUUCAGAUAAAACCUUUUUUAUGAGAUCAACCUACCAGUUAUCUUCAUGUACAAAGUCUCUUUUCUCGAAAAAAGCAACAUCAAACUGUAAAAUUACACCAUUCUGAAUAACUUCAAUUAAACCUAUGCUUAG